AUGUCGCCCUCUAAAGAAGAACCCUCUGCGGCACCAUCUGGCAAAAUUGCCAUAAAAGGCUUCUCCCUCUCCACCAAAGCCAGCGCUUCAAAACCCGGCGCAAAGCCAAAGCCACAACCUCCGCCCUCAAACCUAGGAAAGAGAUCAAGAGGUGGCUUUGGGCACGAUAGCGAUUCCGAAGAUGAUCACAGAAGCCAGAACACACACGAGGCUGUCACAGGGUUUGGCUCAGAAGGGGCGAUCCGGCAUGAGAGUAGAGAGGAGGGGGUUUGGAGGAAAGGAGGCGAAUUGGUGAUCAAGAAGAUGGCGAAUAGGGAUUGGAGAGCGGAAGCUACUGCUAGGAAGAGGGGGACGGGCAAGGAUUUACUGCCUGCGGAGGAGAGGGCUAUGAGGGAUGGUGUGAGGAGGGAGACCGAGGGGAAGGAAAGUGGGAAGAAAGAGGGCGUGGAUGUGGUGAAUGGAAAUGAUGGAGAAAUUCAGUGGGGCUUGAGUGUCAGGAAACGGGCGAGGACGGAGGAGUCUGAUGGACCUGGUGGGCAAGCGGAAGGACAGGACAAUGAAUCUGCACCUAAACCCGAAUCUAUGGAGAACCUACGAGAACUCGAGGCAGCACAAACCUCCAAACCAGCACCUGUCACCGCAGACGAAGAAGCCCUCGCCUCCCUCCUCGGCACCUCAACAUCCACCACCAAACGCCCCGACCUCGUAAUCCCCACCCCUCUCACCGAACAAGAAGCCUACAAAGCCGCCGUCGCAUCCGCACCCGACCCUUCCUCUCUAGAAGACUACGAGCGUAUCCCCGUCGAAGAAUUUGGCGCCGCUCUACUACGAGGCAUGGGCUGGAAAGGAGAGAAGAAUGCGGAUACAAAGAAGAGGGAGGUUAAGAGGAGGCAGAAUUUACUUGGGCUGGGAGCGAAGGAGUUGGAUGGUGCGGAGGAAUUGGGGGCGUGGGUGCAGAAGAGUGAUGUUAAGAGGUUGAAUCCUGGGGGAGGUGGUGGGAGAGGAGGAGGUGGAGGAGGAUUUGGUGGAGGGGAGAGGAGGCCGAAGGCGGGGGAGUAUAAGAGGGAGAAGGAGAGGGAGAGGGAGAGGAGGGAGGAGAGGGGUGGUGGGGGAUAUAGGAGGGAGAAGGAAAGGGAAAGAGAAAGAGAUAGGGAUAGGGAUGGUGGGAGUGGGAGGGAUAGACAUAGGGAGUAUAGACGGUAG